AUGAGCGACCGCCGCCACAACAACCCACAAUAUCUCUACCUCCAACAUCCCCAGCUCAUUCAUUCCGACCCUCGCCGGACCAAACCCUCCUCGCCCGCCCUCGCUGCCCCCGCCUACUCCCCCCUGCCGCUCCCUCGACACCCACUGCACCCGCACAUCCACUACGCCCACGUGCCGCCCCAGCUGCUGCUGCACCCCUUCCUGCAGCUCGCGCGUAUCGACGAAGUGCAUCCAUCCGCCUCGCACACGCCCUUCCCCGCCGUAAUUGUGUCUCCCCACUCGCUGAGCCCGCCGCCCCAGCGGGACUCAGGCCGCACCCUCUCCAAGAAGCCUCCCGUCAAGACGGCCCAGGCGCACAACAAUACCACAGAUGGGAAUAAGGCUACACAGCGUAGCGUGCCCACCAGCGCGCCCACGAUGACAUCAAACCGUCUGCCAAAUAUGUCGAGCAAACGGGAAGAGGCGGGCGCCCAGACGCGCGCCCAGCGCCCGUCCAUCGUCUCGCAGCACUCCAACUCCGUCCCCUCGACGCCCCUGCAGGUCGCCCGCAAAUACACAACGCGCUCACGCUCCCCGUCGCCAAACGGCGGACUGGGCAGCCAUUCGCCACGCUCCGUCUCGUCCGAAGCAAACGGCACCAUGCCCACGCUGAGACCCGCGCGCCCAUUCAAGUGCAGAUUCGAGACCAACGUCGGUAUGCUGGGCCGGAGACGCAUGCCCUACCAAUCAGACGAGAUACUCGAAAGAGCCCAAGAGGAGCCCAAGAAGAGUCUGGAUCCCCACGAGGAUGACAAGUUGAGCGGAGACAUGCGAGAGCUAUACGACCGGUUAGAGCCGAAACAGGAAGACACCCACAUCCGAGAACGCUUCAUAAAGAAGAUGCAGGGCAUACUCGAAACCGAGUUCCCAGGCACCAAGAUCAUGGUCCACGUCUUUGGCUCCUCUGGCAACAUGUUGUGGACUUCCGAAAGCGAUGUCGACAUUUGCAUUCAAACGCCCAUGAAAAGGCUCGAAGAAAUGCACCCCCUGGCUGAGGCCUUGGACAAACACGGCAUGGAACGUGUGGUAUGCAUACCAGCAGCCAAAGUGCGGAUUGUAAAAGUUUGGGACCCUGAGCUGCAAAUCUCCUGCGACAUCAAUGUGAACAACGUCGCCGCAAUCGAGAACACGCGCAUGAUCAAGACAUACAUCCAGCUCGACGAUCGUGUUCGACCGCUCGCUAUGAUAAUCAAGCACUGGACAAAGCGCCGGAUCCUCAACGAUGCUGGCAUUGGUGGCACAAUUAGCUCGUAUACAUGGAUAUGCUUGAUCCUCAAUUUCCUCCAGACCCGGGAUCCACCGGUCCUCCCUACCCUGCAUGACCUUCCCGAUCGAGCGUUAGACGAGACAACCGGCCAGCCUUCAUUAUCGAGUUUCGCCGACGACGUCGACAGAUUGAGAGGCUACGGAGAUGACAAUAAGGAAAGCUUGGGCCAGUUGCUAUUCCAUUUCUUCCGUCUUUAUGGUCACGAAAUCGACUAUGAGAAAGAAACGAUAUCAGUACGUCAAGGCAAACGGAUACCGAGAGAGGAGAAGGGGUGGCAUCCUGGCGGUGGCCAGAAGGAAGGUGUCAAUCGCCUCUGUGUAGAGGAGCCUUUCAAUACCGAUCGAAACCUUGGAAAUUCCGCGGACGAUUAUGCAUGGCGGGGCAUACACCUGGAGCUCCGCCGCGCUUUCGACCUCCUUGCAGAUGGCCAGCAGCUUGACAAAGCUUGCGAGCAAUUUGAGUAUCCGCCAGAAGAGAAGUCUAACGCGAUCUUCAAGAAGCCGCAAUCCCAGAAAGCCAUCAUUACCUCCAGCGUUCCGAACCGGAACGGACGAGGUGGCCCGAAUUCGAGAGGAGGUAGAGGCGGCUUCAACCUAAAAGGCCAGCAUGGAGGCAGUAGACGAUCUUCCGGCAGCUCCAACUACGGUCAGGGCCGACCACCGUUUCUGCAUAGUCCACCUAUUCCAGCGAGUGCUGGUCCAGAAUACUUCAACUUUCCCCGAGGAAUUCAUGACCAGCUACAUGACCAGCUGUAUCAACAGUACCAGAUGUUGGAAAUGCAAUCGAACUCUCUACGUGCUCAGCUUGCUGCUCAGCAACACGCUCAGCAAGCACAUCAAGUGCGAGCCGCGCAGAUGCACGCUCACGCCGUUGCCCAAGCACAAGCGCAGGGCAGAGCGUCUAACAGCACAAACGGAUCGCCGCAGAAGUCGCCCUAUGUGAAUGGUCGACAAAGUCCUCGUUUGGCUGAGCGUGGGAUACCGCCAAGCGCUCUUCCUCAGGGCUUCCUAUACCAUUAUCCUGGCUUUUUUACUGCUCCCCAAUCGGAUCCCACUGGCUCCCAAGAUGGGUCUCGAACCAAUCCUUCUUCGCCAUCUUUGAGCAACAGCAUACCUGGUGUACACCGAGGAGUGCAUCGCGCUUCGAAUGCGAGCGAAACAAGUUCCCUUCGUUCGCAUUCGCAGCCUCCUCGCAGUGCGGGACAACAGCCUAUCAUCGUGGGAUAUCCACCCGUACCCCAACUCGUUGAUUCUGGAAGCUUUGCUGGCUAUCCUAUCGCACGAUCUUCGCAGGAUCUCUUGAGGCCGCAGAUGACGUCGGAUAUUCCCACAAAACCAAAUCUAUCACAGCCGGAGUCGAUUCCAUCUUCCGAUACCAGUUCGCCUAAGGAAUAUGUUGGCUAUUAUGUUGAGCCACAAGUACGCCCGCGACAAGAGUACUCUGUCCCAUUGAUUCCGUCAUUUAGCGAACUGGCUCAGCGUCGCCGACGCGUAUCGCCAGAGAUCACGCAGCCGCUCCUGAACACUGCGUUACGUCGAGUGACACGGUCUCCUUCUCCGCUCGGACAUAUGCGAAGCUACUCUACUGGCGUGAGUCAGCCGAAUGAGGUGGCCACCCCUGAGCUGCGGAAAUCACGUAUCGACUCCGUCCGUCCACCUGUCGACAACGGUCCAGUCAUUGUCAAUGGCUCAUUUCCAAGCCAGCCUCGUCACAGGAGCGACACGGUCGAAACUGUACCACCGGAUAUGCCAUCUCAAGCUUCACUUGGGCUCUACGCAAAUGACCAGGCCAUACAUCAGAUCCAGCAACUCCAAGCACGUCAGCAACUGGUUCUCCAAGAGAUGGAGAGACAGAAAGCAGUGCAAAACAUGGGGCCUCCCAUUGUUAAUGGCUCCAUGAAUGGCAACCCACCGAUGGAGACAAACGGCUUGACCCUCCCUGGCGAAGGCCAGCCAUCAUUUCCCACGUUUAGUGAAGGCUGGGUGAAUUACGAGACCACAAAUGGCCAUCAAAGCGACCGUAGCGACGACAUCUCACCAACUCGCACUGUUCCUCACCAGUGGGGUACCCCGACUUACACUAACGGUCUGCCUCCCCUGGAAACUUCAAACGCGCAGCGAGCACACCCUCAAGAGAUCAAAUCUGCAACCAUACCACUGCUGUCUCCCGUAUUUGAGACGCGUACGCCUUCCCCUACCGCCAAUAGGUCGCCUGAGUCGAGCAAGCUUGUCAAUGGUAACAACGGUCACAAGUCGCAGGCGAAGUCAAACAAUCAGCAACAUCGGCGUGCGUCGCUCACAGGUGCACCAAAUGGUAACACCAAGGAGAACCGCAACGGGCAGCAGCAGAAGAGCAUUUCAAGCAACGAGAGGAUGAACAAGUCGAAUGCAGCGGGGAACAGUCCCAACUCUUGGCAACAACAGCAACCCCGUAAGAAGGGAAAGAACAAGAAGACAAGGGCGUCGGACCAGAAGGCAUCGGGGGAGCCACUGCCCGUCAAUGCUGCGGAUCGCAAGGGUGGCUAG